AUCUGUGGUCAAGAGAAGUUGUGUUGUGAAAAUGCUAAAAAAGCAACAAAAAUAAAACCAAACUGUCAUGAAAUACUUGAAAAGAUAAUCUCAAUGAAAUAAUACAAUGGCAUUUACAAUAUUUUCCCAUACAUCAGCAAUUCUUUCUUCUGAAGUCAUAACAAAAUGUGGAGAUUUCCCAUGGGACCCUGACAGCCAUCUCCACAAAAUUUGUUUAGAUAACGAUAUAAGGACUUCUUUCACUGAACAGAAGCAGUGCCUUAUGGAAGGAAAUUGGACUGCGAUUAUCGAAGUCUAUAACAGUAUUGCAAGAUAUCUGCAGACGAACUUUAAUACAAACCCAGGUAUACUAACUAUACAGGACUUUGAGCAUGGCGAUAACAGAAUUCAAGUUCAGGAUAUGCAAUUAGUCAGUUUGCCACAAGAUGAAAAUCAGACUACACCCGAUCAUGGUACUGCAGACAAAAAGCAAACAAGAAUGAAAGUACCAGAUCCGAUUGUGUACUCAUUUAUUACCAGUGACACUUUAAUUAAUACACAUCCAGUAAUUGAAACAAUAGCUGACACAGUCACAGAAUACAUCAAGCAACACACUUCUGAACCAAAACAAGAUCAUUCACAAGUAGAAAACUGUCCAGAUAUUAAAGAAGAAACACAUGAAUCUCGUACAAGUAGUCCAAUUUCACAGCAAAGAGAAACAAAUACAGGGAAAAAGACGGACCGAUCAUUUAUAAGAGUAAGGAGGAGGAAAAGUUUGACCCCCAAAAAAUCAACAAAAUCAUCACCAACCAAGAGACAAAUAAACAAAAAAAGUAUAACAGAAAAUAAACAAGAUAAAAAUAUUGCAAAAAGACCAUCAAGUUUAAAACCAAAAAAGUCCUGGAGUCAAAAGCUUCUGCAAGAUGAAUUUUCUGGUACAAACUUAGAAGACCAAGUAAACAUGAGAAUUGAUAUUAAACAUGUUAAAGAUAAUGAAGUACUUGUCGAAAAUGAUACACAUGACAAUCAAUUGACCAGUGAAGUUGAAAGUGAAAAAGAAAUAAAAAAAGAUUCAGAAAUUGAAUGGAAUCCAGAGCAGAAGGGAGAUUUAUUUCAGGUGAAAGGUACAAAAGCUCUGAAGUUAACACUUAAGAAGCAGCAAAAACCAAAGUCUUUGAAGAAACGAAGAAGAAAUAAAAAUGACGAAACAGAACCAAUUAAGCAAGAAUUUACCUGUUCCCAGUGCUCCUAUGUAUCUAGUAAACGAGCAAACCUAAGAGAACAUGUACAGAGAAUGCAUAAAGACAAGAUAUGGUCCUGUGAAUUUUGUGACAAAAUUUUUAGCAUUCAAAAAGAUUUGGUUCGCCAUGAAAAAUGUCAUCUGAAUCCGCAGUUAUGUUGUGAUUUCUGUGGUAAAAUGUAUAAAUCACGCCGAACAUUUAUCCAGCAUAAGAAAAGCCAUGAAGAAAAUUAUAUAAAACCUGAGUAUGAGUGUAAAGUUUGUAAAAAGUCUUUCAGCACCAAAUAUGUACUAAACUAUCAUGUAAAAUCAGAGCAUUUAGGGAUGAAAAAACAAUUUCUUUGUCCCACAUGUGGGAAAAGUUUUACCCAGAAAAACUCAUAUGUUCAGCAUGCCAAUGUUCAUAUGGGACUGAAGCCUUAUCAGUGUGAACAUUGUGGUAAAAGUUUUGCAUAUGAAAAAUCUCUGAAGGAACAUCGUUUUAUGCAUGAUGAAGUGCUCCAUUUUAAAUGUGAUAUUUGUGAUAAACUAUUUCGUCAAAAGUCAGCAUUACAGAUUCACAAGAAAAUUCACAAAGUAACUAAAGAUCAUUUAUGUGGUACUUGUGGUAAAGGUUUUACUCAGAGACAAGCUUUAUUACGUCACGAAAGAAUACAUAAUGGAGAUAAACCUUUCUCUUGUGCUAUCUGUUCUCGUACUUUUAGUGAUGCAUCCAUAAUUCGACGUCACAUGAUACUGGUACAUAAAAAACAUACUAAAGAAUGGAGAGAAGAUGUCAUUUGUGAUUUAAAAGGAGCGGAAGAUUAUUGGAUAGAAGGGAAAAAACCUGAAGGCCGUAUUAAAAGACUGCCACCAGCUAAAAAGACAGACAAUAACACUGAAGUCCAAGGUCCACAAGGCAAUAAUAACCAGAUUAGUCAGGUAUCUGCUGAUGACACUAUUAAUAACUUUGUUGAUGAAUUGAGUCUACAUCAACAAUCUACAGAAGAACAAAGUAGGUUACAUAGCGAUGCUGUAGACCAGUCAUCUCCUGAUGGAAGAUUCAUUCAACAGUCCCUAUACAGUGUAUCUGAAGAACAAAUGAAAGAAACUGCCAUCUACCUGAGAAAAAAUCCCACAAUGUUACAGACUGCUGCUGACACUUCAGAGAAUGAUAUGCUGCUGAAUUCUAAUAUAUCUCAAUACUUACAUAACCCACAAGACAGUAAUCAUUCUGUUAACCUUGAUCACACAUUUAAUGAAACUUUCACAAGUCUUCAUGAACGUAAAAGUGAAGAAAGAUUAACACAUCCAUUUCAUACCAACGUUCAAAUGCGAAAUAGUAACCAAUGGACUGCAGAACCGUUCCCUUAUAAUACAGUACAUUAUAUGUCACACUAUCAAAAUUAUCAAAACUAGUAACCAAUGGACUGCAGAACCAUUCCCUUAUAAUACAGUACAUUAUAUGUCACACUAUCAAAAUUAUCAAAACUAGUAACCAAUGGACUGCAGAACCGUUCCCUUAUAAUACAGUACAUUAUAUGUCACACUAUCAAAACUAUCAAAAUUAGUAACCAAUGGACUGCAGAACCUUUCCCUUAUAAUACAGUACAUUAUAUGUCACACUAUCAAAACUAUCAAAACUAGUAACCAAUGGACUGCAGAACCGUUCCCUUAUAAUACAGUACAUUAUAUGUCACACUAUCAAAACUAUCAAAACUAGUAACCAAUGGACUGCAGAACCGUUCCCUUAUAAUACAGUACAUUAUAUGUCACACUAUCAAAACUAUCAAAAUUAGUAACCAAUGGACUGCAGAACCGUUCCCUUAUAAUACAGUACAUUAUAUGUCACACUAUCAAAAUUAUCAAAAUUAGUAACCAAUGGACUGCAGAACCAUUCCCUUAUAAUACAGUACAUUAUAUGUCACACUAUCAAAACUAUCAAAAUUAGUAACCAAUGGACUGCAGAACCGUUCCCUUAUAAUACAGUACAUUAUAUGUCACACUAUCAAAAUUAUCAAAACCAAUAAUACAGGUUUAUAUUGGAUUAUUUUUAUAACAUGUGUGCCUUACUUAUGUUACACGAACAAGCAGGGAUUUUUUUUUUAAUUCUAGACAUGCUAUUAGUAUUAUUUUUUUUAAUUUUAAGAAAUCAUCUCCCCUUUUUGUCAUUUUGCAAAACUUACUUGUAGAAGUAAUAAUAUUAUAGAAUCAGAAAAUUCACAAAAUUUGCAAUGACAUUACAUUCUUUAGAGAAUUUUUCCCUUGAUUUAUGACAUUUUUCCAUAGAAGCUCAACCUUUUAAACACUUGGUUCCAUAAGUUGGCAUUAUGUUUAGGGUAAACACCUAAAAUUUGAAAGAAAAAAAUUUAAGAAUUGUUUCUAUCUUGUUAUGUUUCUCAAUACCCUAUUGGAAUGUUGAUUUCUAAUUAACUAUUUAUAUUGAACUGAAAAUGUAACAGAAUUUUGUUUUCAUUUUUAUCAAUUUACAUGUAAAGACUUUCAUUCACAAUUUUGCAAGACUCAAAUAAAAAUGUCAGUAACUUAAAAUAAUGCAAUGUGAGUAUCUUCUUUUCCACUGUGAAUUUGAUAUGAGUUACUUAAUUUGUGAGAAGUAUGUUUUUUUUUUUAUUGUUUGUUUUUGAUUUUGAUAUGGAUAACAUUUAUUAUAAUCAGCUGAAUCUUUACACUAAUCUUAAAUCAUUGAGAUGUCAGAGUUUUUCAUGUAUAUAUAAUUCAGACAGAGGUAAUACUUAUACAAGUAAUUUUUAUUUACUUGAAGAUGCAAGUAAUUAUAUACUUGUAUAAGUAAAUUUGUAACAUUUAUAUUUUCUUUUCAAGGUUUGAAUAAUCUCCCCUUAAUCUUUUUCAAAAACUUACUUAUGUAUUAUAAGUAAAUUUAUUUUACAACCCUAAAAUUCUCAAGUUUUGGGAGAUAAAAACAUGCCUGAAACAAAUUUUCUCUGGUUUGGAAAUAUUUUUUAAUUAGAGUUCAACCUUUCAUCUCACUAAUUCAACAAAGAAAUUCAAUUGCACAAAGAUGUUAAGUAACUGUGCAAGGCCUUCAAAAAUUGCUCCCUGGAGGCUUGUAAAUGAGCAGUAUUUUGAAGAUAACAGACAAAUGACAUGAAUGAGAUUUUCAUUGUCCAUGAAAUUAUACUUAUAUGAUUAGUAAAGACAUCUGCAAAGGACAGACAAUUAAGCACUCUAUUAGAGCAAAGUAGUAAAGAGAAAUUCAAGAAAAGAAGAAAAUAUGACUUUUUUACUUGUAUAAGUAAACAAAAAUCUAUAUGUCUAAGGGAUAUAACUAUACCAUUAAAAUAAUUCAUCUGUACCAGUAAAUAAAAUACACUUGUAUAAGUAUUACCUCUGACUGUAAUUCAUCAAAUCUGGCUGCACAAACGUUUUUCUUGAUAUAUAUAUUUACAUUAUAUAGGGAUCAUUACAGAAAAUUUUCACAGGGCAUGGAUCUUAAAAUGAUUAUUUAUAAAUUUCAUACAUGGUACAUUUUGCAAAACUGGAACAAACAUAAAUGCAGUGUUCUAGUUACGAUUUAAGGGUAGAGGGGCACAGUUUUAAGAUGAAAGGCAUUUUCUUGUCUGAGAAGAGACAACUUGAUCAUUUUUUAAGAUAAAGAAUUGAAAUAAUUGAAUAGAUUUAGGUAUUUUUGCUGAAUGUAUAGUAUUUUUGAGGUUGUAAAAAGCUUUUCCCAGUAGUUAACUAUCAAUAGGAACAUCAUUCCUCGCUAGCACUAUCACAUAUCCGCGUUCAUUGAACCAUGGAAUCUUUGUCACCUAACCCUAAUUUGACAUAUAUAUUAAAUAGUUCACCUAAGAAUGAACAAGUGUACUAAGUUUCCAGUUAAAGCUAAAACUUGAACCUAAACUUAAACAGUUUCAACUAGACUUUAACCUAUCAAAUUUUCAUGUUGCGUGAACCAUGAAAUCUGGGUCAAACCCAUAAUUUGUCAUAUAUAUUAAAUAGUUCACUUCAUAAUGAAUAUGUUCUUAGUUUAAAGUUGAUGUGACCACUAACUAUCCUGAACAAAAACUUUAACUUACCUAAAACCAAAACUAAACAAGGACAGGACAGACUGACUGUCUGAGGGAUCCCUUGCUGUAGCAAUUGGGGCAUAAAAAUCAUUUCCUUUGCAUUUAUUAAUUUAUAUUCCUUCAGAAAAAAAAAAAAUAGAGCAGGUCUCUAUUUUGGGCUAGCUACGACUCUGAAAUGUAUGUACAUAAAUGUACAAAAAUGUGUGUAUCUCAAUUUUAAGACAACAACAAAAAUAAAAAUAGGACUGUUCAAGAAAUAAAUGUAUGGGGGUGUGAGGCACUAUUUAUUUUACCCCAUCUUGCAUCAAAUUUGAAUAGAUUAUUUUCUGUAAUUAUUCAGGCUAUCUUUAUAAAAUAACCACUGCCCAUCAAAUUUUAAAAGAAGUGCCUCCUAUCCCCCAUGCAAUUAAUUCUGGAAGAGUCCUAGAAUAGUAUUUCAAAGUAAUACUGAAAAAGAAUUAUUUUCCAAGCUUAUCUCAUAUAAUCUUUCAUAAGUUCAAGAGGAAGCUGGACAUCCACGGGUGGAGGAGUACCACUCUUAAAUAGCCUGUCAUGAUCCAGAGUCACAUAUAUUAUAUGUACACACAUACAGCACACAUAUGCAGAAAUCUUUUUUUCGGGGGUUGCAUUGUGAAUGAUGGAUAAUGCUGAUUAUAAAGGUGAUUAAUUCUGAAAUAUCUCUUUGUAUUAUCAGAUGGUAUUAUACAGAAUUAGAAGUGAGGGUGUUCAAAUAAAGACAAAUUGUUGGCCAAACUGCUGCUUAAAUGCUACAUUUUAGAAUUAUGUUUGAUGGCAAUUCUUUUUAUGUCAAAGUUUGGGAUAGAAACCAAAAACAAAUUGGAUAAUUUUACAUCUACAUGUAAAUAUAUGUAAUGUCAAUAUAAGACAUUAUGGAAUAAUUUUCUGCUUUCAGUUAAUGUGAAAUUAAAAUAUUAAAAAUAAUCAUUAAAAAUGAAAAUAACACUUUAUAAAUUUAUUGUAAGUCUGAAGACCUUUUCUAGAUUAACCUUUACUAGGAUCACUCACACCCAACAAUUUGAAAGCCAAGGAUAUAUAAUGUACCUGAGGUCAACUUUACCAAAGAGAGGGUGAAUGAGUAUAUCAAUGCAAAUGUGGCCAUUUUUAACUUUAAAGUCUUACUCGUGAAAAAUCUAGCAUCUACAUCCCAAUAUUAUGAACAGUGGUCUUGUAGCCCAAAAUAGAAGGGCGCCGCGCCCUGGGUGCCCUCAGCCACGCCCUGUGUGCCCUCAUCCGCGCCCUUCUGCCCUGACACCUUUUCCCAAAAAACCCUUGUGCCGUUUUGGCAAUGUACUGGUAAAAUUGCUUUUUGUCUCAUCGAUUUCUAAUCACAAAGUUAAAUUACAUAUAUGACACCUGGUGAUUGCCCCCAGGUUAAUCAUGUCAUUAAAAUCAAUUACAGUUGAUUAGACUUCAAAGGUGUUAAUAACUAGGUAAUUUAAUUAAGACAAUGUACCUUGUCAAAUUGAAUAUAAAUUGAUGAAUGUGUCGGCGAGUGUUUUAAGCUUGGGUCGGCAUAAAAAAGUGCCCUGUCCUCCACUGGCACCCUGCCCCUUUCAAUUUCUAGCUGGAGGAUUCAUUGAAGACAUUUACAAGGACGGUCUCUCGGCAGGGAAGAUCUUACGACAGACAUUUAAUUAUCAUGUGAUGUCUUAUCAAAUGUAUGUUAAUUAGUGCCCCAUCUAGUGGCAGGUCACACUAUAGUGAUCAGUCCGUCCAUAACAAAUUGUGUCUGCUCUAUAUCUAGAGAACCGUUAUAAUUUCAUACUUUAUACUUGACAUGUAUAUUAACCAACACCAAAGGGUGUUUCAUAAUGUUUGUACAACUUCCUAGGUCAAAGUUCAAGGUCAGCGGGGCCCACAGAGAUGGCUCCCAUCUCAGUGAUGUCUAGUUUAAUUAUAAAAUACCGGUAUAUAAAAAUUAGCUCAUCUUGUUUGAAUAUAAAGAUUAAUAGUGAAAACUGCAUGCCAAAAGUUUUUAGGUGACUUGAAUAUAAACAGAAACUUAGUUAUACAAUAACCCUGUUAGGCAAAAACUAUCAAUUGCUGCUAAAUGCAAUACAAGCAUUUGGUAAUAAUCUAGGGAGAUUUUGAUCUCCCUUGAGACGUCUCUUUUGCUGACCAAGGAAGUUUCAUUUGGUCUGUUUGAUAUUUUUUAUACCAUUUUUUUAUGUAGAAUUAGAAGUGACUGAAAUAUUUUGCUGGUCACAUUGGACUCACUCUUACCAAUCAUUUUGUUACUGUUUAAGUGCCUUUUCAUUAAAUAUGCAACUUAUCAGAUUAACACAUACUUUUUAACAUGAAUGUAUGCUUUAUAAGAUAUUAUUACCUUAUUAAUGAAUUUAUUUACGGACCUAUCCUACAUGUACUUUGUUAUCUCAGAAUGGUUAGUUCUACAUUUGGAAGUUAUGUUCUCUGUAUAUGAAGAUACUUAUAAAUUUGAUGGAUUUUAUUUAUUUUUUAAUUAUACCCCACCCCAUUCUAAAAGUGGAGGCUAAAUUGCAAUCACCUGACUGACUGUCUAUUUGUCCAACCAAUGUUUUUGUCACACUUUUCUUAGAGAUUAGUGGACAGAAUGGCUUCAUAUUUGGUCAGCAGCUUGACAGUGAUGAGUUGUCAUGUGUGAGCACUAACAGAUACCUGCUUCCUGUUUGCCAAUACCUUCAAUUUUCAAUGCAUGUACGUUGAAUGAACUUUUUAAAAAAAUGUCACAUAAUUAUUUCUCCAAUGCUUCUGAAUAGAAUAACUUCAUAUUUGGUGAGCAAAUCAACAAUGAUGAGUUGUAAUGACUAAAGUAAAUGUGCUUUUCAGAUCUGUCUAACAUCUACUUCCUGUUUUCAGGUACUUUGAAUGACAAGUGGGGGUAUGCUAAGCACCACAACAUGUGCGUUCUUGUUUAGUUCUUGGAUAAGUGAAAACUGAAUUUAAGAGUUAGAGACAAGUUUAUGAAAUUUAUGAAAUGUUUUUGCUUCUAAAGCUUGAUAAUGUUUUAUAUUUGGUUGUUUUCUAGAUUGUUAGCUUAUUUUUUAUUUGUUGUACAUGUAUAUAAUGUAGUGACAUAUUUAUUUAGACUUUCUAUUAUGAAUAAACUUUAUGAUUCAUUGA